AUGGACUCUCUUCUUAUGAAAGAACUAAACGUCACUAGUGGCCUCAGAAACAAGCUAAGCGACAUUUACAGCGAUUUUACUCACUAUGGUCAAUUUCUGAAUGUUGAUCCAAGCUUCUUCUUAUGCUUUGGUAUCUCAUAUAUACACUCCCUGAUCGCAUUUAAAACCUUAUACUCAGGAGAAGCCAAUCAAGCUACUUUUCAUGACCCUUUCUGGAAGCAUUUAGAAGACUACAAUCGGCGUGUUAUAAAUCUAGUUGAAUCAUCUUCAAUUCUUUCUGCUUACGAUAAGCAAUGCUUCAGCAAUUAUUUAAAAUUAGUUUCCCAUUUAAAAGCAAAAACAAACGGGGAAGAUGCUAUGAGGACAUUUUAUGGAUAUUUAACCAACAAGACAAAAGUUUGUAGAGGAAUUGAAAUUGGGUUUAGAGCGAUCAUGUGUCUAUAUGCAGAUACCCAAGAAGAAUGCAAUCAGCUUCUAAUAGGAGAAUUUAUAUACUCAACAGAGAAAAAACGAUUUUUAGGAGAAAUUUCCCAAGCAUUAAAUGCUAAAAUUAUAUUAAUCAAUAAUAUGCCAAGAAACGAAGAAUUCAAAUGGGGCCAUAAAUUAAUUUCCACAAAUACAGGUGUAGAGUCUCCGAUUGUCACACUACUUAUGAAAUCAACUACGAAAUUUCAAGUUUUAUUUUAUAAAGAAUGUAUUGCCUCAAGUAAGGGUGGAUUUAUCUUUCAUAUCCCUGCUAAGCCGAUUGAUUUGAAAAAAUUGAAUUUGUAUCCAUAUAUAAAAGAAAAGCAUAAGAUACCGCAUCGAUUACCAUCUAUAGCCAAUCGUAGUGCUGACAACCUUGAAGAAAAAACAGACGUAGUCGACCUAAUCCAACGUCUUUCAGAGCUUUGCAUAAAAUAUGUCUCACAAAAAGAAAAAGAUGCUUUAAAUAAAGAUUUUGGGAAUUUUAUAAAUAAUCAUCCUAAUUUGAGAGGAAGUAGACUUGACUUAUUAUUGCAUUCCGAGUCUGAAAAUAAAAAAAUCCAAACGAUUCAAGAAGGUAUUAAAAGAGAGUCUGAAAUAUGGAAAGCCCUCAAGGUAAAUGCUGAGUUUAAAAAUAAUGUUGGGGCAAGCAUUCAGAGCAUCGAUAAAGCAAUCAGCGACUUGAGUAAAAAAUUUUUUGAUAAAACUUGCCAAAUGAUGCAAGAACUUGAAAAAAGGACUUUAAGGUUGCAAAAAAGUCUAAGAGUUACAAAAAGGAUUAUUGAUGAAGCAAAAGAAAAUUUGCGACAAGCUCAGAUGGCAGAGGAUGGAAAUCUCUAUGAAGAUCUAUCUGGGAAACUCUGAGAGUAUAAUUUAUCUAUUACUCGUCUUCAAGGUGAUUUUUUGCAAAAAUAUGACAAUUACCAAGAAAUACUGAAUUCGAUGUUUAAAGAUAUUGAGCUUGAAUCAGCUGCUACUUAA